CAGUGGUUGACCGUUGUUAAAGUCCACGGUUCGCGUUAAACGGAUGAGGCUCUGGUCCUGCUUGACUUGACUUCCACCUGCAGAGGUGUGUGUCUUUAAAGGCCAGUGUAGUCACUUUCACUCCGCCCAUCGAGGCUGAUUUGAGGCCGGAGCGCAGAAACGUAACGCCAACGGAAAACACGCCCAACCCAGAGACUUUUAGCUCUUAUUUAGUUCAAGGUUUACCGCUGAGGAACCUGCCACCGCUCCAGGCCUCAACCCUAAUCCUGAAAUAUGGACCACAACAAUUUUUACCUGAGCUACCCUGACCCCGCCUACCAGCAGGUUCAGCAGCCAUGGCUGGUCCAUGAAAAUCUGACCCUUCAGGAAGGAUAUGUACCAGUGUUUCAGCAGGAGAACAUGGUCCUGGGUGAUCCUAAAGCACUGGAAUAUCAGACACUGAGAGCCGACGCUCACAUGUUUAACGGAGGGUCCUGUGACCCACCUGUGACAGAUGAGAUCAGACAAGAGCUGAGGACUGUUUUGGAGUCCUACCUGAACAGAGAGCACCUCAGCAAUGACCUGUAUCUCAAGUCUCAGAUGGACAGCAACCAGUAUGUUUCCAUCUCUGCUCUGGCCUGCCUCGACCAGAUCAAGAAUCUCACCACAGACGUGGACCUCAUCUCCGAUGUUCUCAGAUCCAUGCCGCUGGUCCAGUUUUCCCCAUGUGGACAGAAAGUUCGUCCCAGACCUAGCCGGUGCGUUUUAAUCCUGAGGGAGAUUCCUAACACCACACCUCAAGAGGAGGUGGAAGCUCUCUUUGAAGGAGAGAACCUGCCCAAGUUCAAGAGCUGCGAGUUUGUGAGCAACGAUAACUGGUUCAUCACCUUCAAAUCAGAAGCCGAUGCACAGCAGACCUACGAGUACCUCAGAGAACAGGUUCGGGUGUUUAAGGGAAAGCCCAUCAUGGUGAGGAUGAAGGCCGAAACAACAGCAGCCAUUGCUUUGGCUCCAAACCAAAGCUACCGACCCCCCCAGCCAGAACAGUGCAACAACUAUUAUGGUUUCUACCCCUCCGCUACCACCUACCAGCAGUCCUGCCCGACCCACGCGUCCACACAACAGCUAAACGAAUUCCUCGGUGAGGUGUGGACUUUGGCUGCAUCUGGAUAUCAAGACUGGGCCGAACCUCCUCUACUGAUGAACCACUUCAUGGAUGGCUUCACAGCAGCUUCCGCUUUCAAACCGUGCCACCCACACAGCCAAAGGACAGGCUCGAGUUGGUCAAACUGUGACCGUUGGCAGUCCCAGCAGCCUGCCUCCUCGCACUCAUCAGAGCAGCCAUCAGAUUGUUCCUUUCCUACAUGGCCCGGUCGAGGACGGUCACGGGGAAAGGUGCGCCUUCCGAGUAGAGGUGGAAGAAAGGAACCCAACAAGCAGGUCACAUCUCCCACUGAGCAGGGAAGGAGAGGAAACUUCAACCAGAGGAGGAGAGAGCCCGCAAGGUCCUGGGAGCGACCCACUCGAAGCAGUCAGAAUUCACAGAGUCAGUCCCCUCCUUGUCGGCCGUCUCCCCAUUUUGAGCUCACCCUGUCGAACUUCCCUCUUCUUCCUCCUCCAGCCUCUACCAUGAUGUUGUUGUUUGUCUCAACCAUGGAUCGUCUUCUGUGGUCUAUCAGGCUCUUUCAUGUCGUUGUGUCGUCCUCACAAAGUGAAUUAAAAAGCAGCAGCUCCUGCGCCUCAGAGGCAGCGUCUUCACAGGAGCCUCAGCUGGUCUCAGAGCAGGCUGCGAAUGAAGCCUCAGAGAUGACCACUCAAGAGAAACCAGUUCAGCACACACAGGAACCAGUAACUGGGUCCAGGAAACUGACCUAAGCAGAGGUCUGCAAGAGAGGCUUAUGCAGCAAGUCGGGUCCUACCUUCACAAAACUGGGGUGAUGCACCAGAGCCAGCUCAGUGGAAACGCUGUUGAAAUGAGAUGAAGAAAAGACACUUUUUUUUGUUGUUUGGGAGUGUCUAAAAGAUAAAAUGUUAUUGUUGUCUUCAUUUGUAAAAACAGGCUGCACGUUUACUGUAGAGAAUGAUCUCUUAUAAUACACUGAGUAACACAUUUAAGCCUUUAAAUCAGCUUAAUCCAGGUCUGCAUGUUUGUUCAGUGCAGAGGUCUUUGACUGGUUGGCAAAACCAACUUUUCAGUUUUUUAGACAGGAAGCUGGUAGAAAUCUGCAUAUUUUGAUCUGCUACUUUAAUUUCUGUUUUAUUUCUUGAUUUGUAGUUUAGGACUGUUUGUAGAGAGUGAGCUUCCAUUUUUUGAUUUCUUCUUGCUUUCCUGAUGGCAUCGACAAUUCUUUUCGUCCUGUUUGUGUGUGUUACAUGUUUUCUUAGUUGUACAGGAUGUUCCGCCAUGAUUGUGAACUUAUUUUAGUGUUGUUGUUUUAUUUCUCCACCCAUACUUCUGUGUUAUCUGUGACUGCUGUGGACACACAUGAAGCUUUUUCCAUAAAUCACUGCUGAUCAGCCGUAUUAUUUCCAUUUUUAGAUACCAGAGAGCUGUCAAGGUCCAGUGUGUUUAAUGAGAACUGGGGGAUCAGAUCUGAUUUGAGCAUGUUUCCCUUACUUUAGAAAAGUUUUAUUUAUUUUAAACAGGAGUGCAUUUCAGUGUCACAGGGCCUAAUAUUUUGGACACAGCUGGGCUUCCGUAAAGGGAAACGCCCUUUUGGCUGGGUGGGUACUUACUGUGUGUCUAUAAACAAACAUUGUUUCAGCACUUGAACUGUAUGUGAGAACUUGAAUUUGAUUGUAAUGAAGCCAUUGUUCUUUUGUUUGAAAUAUAAAGUUUUAAUGUAAAAUAGUUGUCAUGGAGACAGAGUGGGCACGGUUGUGGAAAGUUACUUUGUACAGACUGUACAUAUUGAACAACUAUUAAAGAAGUGCCUUUGAAGUUAAA